AUGAGUGUCAUAUUUAUAGGGGGGUCCAGAAAUUCUAUUACUUACGACCCGUCACAAUUUUAUACUAUACAUCAAGGUGAUGCUGACUCAGAUGAAGUGUUAGAUAUUUAUAAAAAAUUCGACAGAGAGGUGUUGAAUCAUCGUUUAAUAAUAAAGAAAGUCUUGGCGCUUCAGCCUGCUCACAGAGGAAAACUGAUUUCCUUAUGGAGAACUUUCUUAAAAAUCAUGGUUAUGAAAAAAAAACUUGAAGCUGCUGAUGAUAUUUUUGUUGAUUCAAAUGUAAUCAAUGACUAUUAUGAAAAUGGUAACAAGCCAAAUAAAGAAGUAUACAAAUAUUACUUGAGUCCAAUGAUUGAACAUCUUGAAAUUGCAUACAAUAAAUAUGUACCAAUGUUAAAAAAUACAGUUGAAGAAGUACUCAAAACUAGAAAUUUGACAAUGAAUGAUGCUUUAAAAGCUAAAUGUUUAUUAGAAUUUAAGGAUAAGAAGGCUGAAAAGUCGAAAAAAGUUAGAACAAUUAUCACAAAAUUCGAAAAGUUGUUCCUUACAAAAUCACAAAUUAUAAUGUUGGUUAUUUUUAAGAUGGGAACUAAAAGAAGUACCUAUUUAAAUUUAUGGAUUUUAUUCUUGGAAUUAAUGACAAACUGUACAAAUUUUGAUUCAAAGAAUAAUAAUUUAAGUGAAUAUUUGAAUUUUGUUGAAUCAAAUAUUGAUCAAAUUGUUGUUCAUAAGGGUGAAAUUAAAGCUGCAUUAUCACACUUUAAAGCAGCAUUCGAAUUGUAUGAUUUACAUACAAGUCCUAAAUAUCUUGCAUCGGUCAAUAAUGAAGAGGAUCAUGAGCCAGUUGAUGAACCAAGAAGAAUACCAUUACAACCAAUCUCAGUAAAUGUUGAAAAGGGUUUAAAAAGAAAAUUGAAAGUCAAAGAUUCAGUUAACAAGAGAGUAUCACGUGGUUCAAUUGGUUCUGGCGGUGCACAAGAUGAUGCUAAAUUUAUAAGAUUUAAAAAAAUUAUUGACAUAAUAUAUGCAAAUUUUCAAAAAAGAUAUAUCGAUGUGAUCGAUAGUAAAUCCAAACUGGAUGAUAUAACAAGAGCCAAGUUAUUGGAAGAAAUUUCAAAAGUUUUAGAUGAACAUAAAACAAAAGUUACGGAUUUGUAUUUUCCAAGAUCUACAGCAUAG